AACUAGAUAAAUUUUUUUGAGUCUGUACCUUGACUAUUAUCUUGACUAGUGGAGGAUCAUUUUUUGAGAGUACGUUUCCCUUGUACUAGGCCUCCAUGUACUCUGUACUGUGCUAUUCAGUUCAGACAGAAAUCACAACCUGAAAAUUACACGCUGCAAGUUACAAUUUUGAUGCCAGUGCACACCAAAAUAAACUGCACGGAAUUCACGCCUUAGACCAUGGCGGACGAUUCUAUGCUUGUGAACUUUGCAAUCGAUGAUUCUGGAUUGGCACCAAACCUCAGUUUUAAAGGCGGGCGAUGGAAAGAUCGACUUACUGCCAAAAAAGCUGCCCGCCGCCGCCUCGACCGAUUAGGGCAAAGGACAGACAAACACGACGCUCUGGAUAAUGACUUAAGGAAUGAUGGACGAAAACUGCAGGCAGUCACAGACGCGGAGAAUGAAAACUGGAGACCUAUUAAACGACAACGAAGGGAUAAUAGAGGGGAACGUGAAUCUAUUCCCUUUGCACCCAACACACUCCAAAAUCCAACAUCAAAAAGCAAGGUCGCAACGCGCGACAAGGCACUGCCCCAACAAUUUGUCUCAUCGCUGUUCUCAUCGAACCCCGAGCCCAAGACGGAACUUACGAAUGAGCCCGAAGAUGAUGGAAGUGCAAAACCUUCCAACGCGCCACUUACUGGGGAGCUUGAUACAUUUACGUCUCUGGGUCUCUCACCUGGGCUCGCCAAUCACCUAAUGAAAAAGCUCAACCUCAAGGCACCAACGGCGAUUCAGAGAGCAGCAGUUCCCCAGCUGCUGCGGGAGGACACAGACGCAUUCAUACAAGCCGAAACGGGUUCUGGAAAGACGCUGGCAUACCUCCUCCCUGUAGUGGAACGCAUAACCCGGCUAUCAGAAGGCGCGCAGGCCUCAGAUGCCACAAACAGCAUGAUUAAGCGAAAUUCUGGACUUUUUGCAAUCAUUCUCGCACCAACGAGGGAAUUGUGCAAACAAAUUUCUGUAGUGUUGGACGAGAUUCUACACUGCGCUCACUGGAUCGUUUCCGGGACAGUCAUUGGCGGAGAGAAGAAGAAGUCUGAGAAAGCAAGGCUACGGAAAGGUCUGAACAUUCUUGUUGCUACUCCGGGCAGACUUGUCGAUCACCUUGAAAAUACAGAGGCGUUGGAUGUCAGCAAUGUUCGGUGGUUAGUGCUUGAUGAAGGGGAUCGUCUCAUGGAGCUAGGAUUUGAGGAGGAGAUCCAAGGUAUCGUGAAAAAGCUUGACGCUCGACAAGUCACAAAGUCAAAUGAGCAAGGAUUUCUAACUCCGAGACUGCCUUCAAGGAGAAAUACAAUUCUUUGCUCCGCUACCAUGAAGAUGAAUGUUCAAAGGUUAGGUGAAAUCAGUCUCAAGGAAGCUGUGCACAUAAAAGGAGAGGAAUCCUCGACAACCGAUCCAGAUAGAGCUGCCAACUCAGAAUCUGCCUUUUCAGCUCCCGCCCAGCUGAGGCAAUCGUAUUUGAUUGUGCCCGCAAAACUUCGCCUGGUGACGCUGGCGGCAGCUCUGAAGCGCGCCUUUGCCCGUCGAGGGUCUGUGAUGAAGGCAAUUGUUUUCAUCUCCUGCGCAGACUCUGUGGAUUUUCAUUUUGAAGUUUUUUCGAAGGCCAUCGGCGACCACAAGGCUGAGACCGCCUCCACAGAUGAUGAAGUGAUGGAAAACGCGCCCAACAAGGCCACGAAGGAUACGAUAGCUAAAGCCGUCGCAUUUUCUACCGAGGACAGUCCAGUUAGCCUCUUUAAAUUGCAUGGAUCUCUGCCACAAAAUGUCCGCACGGCGACGCUUACAGCCUUCAGCAAGAGCAAAGAUCCAGCAGUGCUGAUCUGUACUGAUGUUGCGUCCAGAGGAUUAGAUCUCCCUAAUGUUGACCUGGUUAUCGAGUAUGAUCCAGCUUUCAGCAAAGAAGACCAUCUUCAUCGCAUCGGAAGGACGGCUAGAGCAGGUAAUGAGGGCAGGGCUCUUCUAUUCCUUUUACCUGGAGAUGAAGAAAGCUACGUUGGAAUACUUAAGGAAUCGAAUCGGAAUGGUGGACGGGGUUUGAUUCGCAGUGAUACGAAUGAUCUGCUCAAGAAGGCCUUCGGAUCGACUGGACUAGGGGCUGGAAAUGACUGGGAAACGCGAGCCACUGACUGGCAGCUAGGUGUAGAACGGUGUGCGGUGGAAGAUGUCAAAUUUCUGGAAUUAGCCAGGAGAUCUUACCAAAGCCAUCUUCGAGCAUAUGCAACACAUGUGGCAGCGGAAAGGCAUAUUUUCAAUAUUAAAACCCUCCAUCUGGGCCACAUGGCUAAGAGCUUUGCCCUUCGAGACAAACCCGGUAGUAUUAAAGUGCCAGGGAUGAAGCCGGGGGACAGCAACGGCAUAAAGACAGGGAAGAAAAUGGCCCCGAAAGAUCGCAGCAGCGGAGCGAAUUCAAGAUCCGUGCUUCAAUCUAACCAAUCGCCGAACGAUGGGCAGGAGGCCGCAAGACGCAUGCGGGAGAAGCUCAAAGAGCAAAGCUCUGGCGCUGCAGAAUUUAAUAUUGGUUAAGUGAGAUUAAGUUUAAUAGAUAUCCCACAGAGAAAUUUUGCCAUCUUUUGAACCAGCCGCGAGCCAAUGUACAUUUUUGACAUCUUCAGUUCUGCUUCUAAUUUUAGCCUUCGAUGGGGUGCGGUUGUCCGGCGUGGAAUGCCCUGUUGGCUCAACGUUUGGCGAGUCUAUAUUACUUGGUAUCGACCCAGCCAAUUCUAUUGUGGCGAAUGCCGUUGCAUAGCAACCCUCUUUAUGCCAUUUCAAAACAGCUAACUCUCGGAGGUUCCUGGUUGAAUAGACCCGUAUUUUGGCAUCCCAUCCCGCCGUAGCA